AUGGUUGACUAUCCGAAAAGCUAUCUCGAUGCGAAAAACAGGCUGGAGAAGAGAGGAGUGAGCAUUGAUAUUCCUACAACCAAAACAGAGAAAGAGCACGAACAUGCGAUCAAAAUCACAACUGAUCAUCACAAAAAACAAAAGAAUCUUCAAAACGGCGUCCUCGCGAAAAUGCUCUUUUCAACAAUGAACGUCCUGACUGGCGAUUUCGAGGACAAUUACAAAACCAUCGACUGGACUGACAACGAUGGUCAUUUCAACAGACACAAUGGUCUUCCUCACCUGGAAAAGAUGCCGAUCGCAUUUCAGCUCAAAUACGAGGGCAUCUUCAAGUACGCGCAGUUUUUUCAAAAAUGGGUGAAGCCGAUCUUGGCCGAGUGUAUUGCUACUUUCAUGCUGGUUUUCUGGGCUUGCAUGCUUCAACCCGGCCCCGACCACCCCGAAGGACUAGCAUCUCCUCUCGUUUUCGCCCUCGCCGCCGGAAUCAACCUGACCAUCAUCAUCACCAUGUUCUGGGACAUCUGCAUCAUCCAAUUCAACCCUUCCAUGACUGUCGCUUUCUGCGUCGCUGGAGUUGUUCCUUGGAGACUUUUAGUGCCAAAUAUCGGCGCGCAACUUGUUGGCUCUGCUCUUGCUGCUUGGUUUGCUGCACUGAUCAGGGGCAUUCCUGUUGGCGCUAUUUCGAUUACAGAAUCGUCUGAUCUAAAUGCAAUCUUCUGGGCCGAGUUUUUCUUCACUUUCAUGAUGGCAUUCGUCGCUCUUGCAGCUCACUCCCUUACUCCACUAGUAAUCGGCCUGACAGUGACUCAGGGUGUCUUUGGUGGAUGGUACAUUGGCGCUGGUUGCAUGAAUCCAGCCCGCGUUUUCGGCCCAGCAAUAAUGCAUUCUGAUUGGAACUACCACUGGCUCUGGUGGCUGUCAGAAAUCGCCGGAGCAGUCUUUGCCGUUUUCGUGGAAAUGAUGAUCUUUGCACCAAUCACUGUUCAUCAAGGAUCGACCAACUCGAAUCUGCUCUGGUGGAAACUUGCGAUGUGGCACAUGUCAAAGGGGCAUAUCCAGGGUGGAAAAGAGAAGACUACUUUGACGACUUGGAGAUCUGCUUUGAAAAACAAAAAUUUUGAUUCCGAAUAA